UCUAGACGCAAAGGAACAGCCUCCGGCCUCCGCUACGAGCUCCCUCGAUCCGACCACGGGAAGCGAUGACGAACAGGCGAUCGAGAAGGCGCGGCCGACCGCAAACCCUCUUGCCUCUUCACGCCAGCCCCACCCCCAACGCUGUCUCCUGCUGGUACUGUGAUUUCAAGAUUUAUGCCUUCAAUGAGGCUGUGUUUUCUCUUGGACGUCGGUAUGCCAGAUUCCUAAAGGUUUGGUUCACAGUGGGGGCUGCCUUCAGCUUUGUCACUAUGAUCGGAGUUUCAAUGAUGCUUCUUUGGGGUACAAUUGGUGCUUUUAAUCUCCACCAAGAGAGUUCUAGAGUUAAUGAUCUUUUAGGCAGCUCGUUGUUUGGCACCUCUUUUUUGCUUUCUGAUUUGAGCAUAUCAAUCAUGGAUGCUAUCUCUAUGAUCGCUUCAACAUUGUUGGCUGUUGGUCUUCAUGAAUUUGGGCAUGCUAUUGCUGCUGCAAGUGAGGGCCUACAAAUUGAAUAUAUUGCUAUAUUUCUCGCUGUCCUUUUUCCUGGAGCCUUGGUUGCUUUCAACAAUGAUUGGCUGCAGAAUUUACCCCACUUUGCUUCCCUUCGAAUAUACUGUGCCGGCAUAUGGCAUAAUGUCACUCUUUGUGCAGCAUGUGUGCUGAUAUUUCUCUCACUUCCCAUGAUCUUGCAUCCCCUUUACAUUCAUGGUGAAGGCCCUCUGGUUUUAGCGGUGCCCAAAGCAUCUCCUUUUGAUGGGUAUUUGUCUCCUUAUGAUAUUGUAGUGUCAGUGGAUGGAUCAAAUAUAAAGAGUCCUCAUGAGUGGAUCAGUAUGAUGGAUGAAGUGAAUUCUCAAAUGCUUGCUCAAACUUAUGAAACUAGAGAUACUCAAAAUUCUCAAGUUCUUAACCAUAGAAAGGGCUAUUGUGUUCCUGAUAAUUGGACGGAAGCAAGCAGCAUAUCAAAUUCAUGUUCUGAUGAGUUUGCUGCUUUUGUGCGCUUGCCAUGCUCUGAUUCAAGCUUGGUAAUUGAAAGUCUCAGUGGUGAGAACAGAUUAGAAGGUAAACAUUGCUUGAUUGCUAAAGAAGUUGUCAAGCUUAAAAAAUGUUGGAAUGGCUGGCAAAUGAAUGGAACUGAUGGAACAAUUUGUGCAUGUGCAGAGGAUGAAUCUUGCAUGGCACCUGUCGAGAUCCCGGGCAUGUCAUGGGUUGAGAUUACUUAUUCAAGCCCCUAUUCUGCGGAGUGCUUAAAGAACAAUAGGAACUCAUCAGCAUACGAUGAGAAUCUUAAUCUGGGGCCAACUUCAUGUGGAGGAACUUUUGUAUAUGUUGGUGAUGUGCUCUCUGUGGCACAUUUAGUUCACUUGUCUGCAUAUCAGCCCCGAUGGCCAUCUAUUAUUUUCAUGGCACACAUACCAAAUUUACUGGAAAAGCUUUUAUCUUGUUGCUUCCACGUUUCCGCAUCUUUAGCUUUAGUUAAUAGCUUACCGGUGUACCUUCUGGAUGGUGAAUCUAUAUUAGAGAUUAUUCUUUCCUACAUCAGUUGUCUUAACCGGAAACACCGCCAAAAGUUUCAGCAGUUCUGCCUUGUUGGAGGGACUAUCUUGUCCAUCAUUUUCUUUUCAAGGAUCCUUUACUUCAUAUUGGUUGUCCAGAAGUAGCAUCUUCUGUACCUUUAUAUUCCAAUUUGAUAUCAUCCUAGAACAAUGUGAUUUUGCUGGAAAACAUACAUACCAAAGCAAUAUAUAACCAAGGUCCAGCACAGAUUGCCAAGUAUGUGAGAAUCUAACAUGCUGCCAAGGACAUCAAGUGUCACAGUGAAUUCAUGAGUUGGAUUGCCUAGCCAGAUGCCCUUCCAGACAAGGAAAUAAUGAUUAUUUGGUAGGUCAGUAUAUUGCUGAACUUUUGUUACAUGUUCAGUGAUUUUGCUGAAACAAGUUUUCUUGAGGGCACUUUCUUUUGUUGGCUAUUUAUUGAUGUCCUGUAAUUGGCUGUUGAAGCGCAAUAUCAUCUCUGAUACCACCACUGGAUUUUCUUUGGCAUCUUUCCUUGAACCGAGCAGGUCAAGAGCUCAAGCAAAGCAGACAGCUUCGGAGACAGGUAUUCUUCCUUCAGGUUGAUCAUGGAGUGAAUAUCAUAGCCUGAAGGUUUAUUUGCUUCAUCUCAUUGGUCAUUGGAGUCCAAAUUCUCAUGGUCAUUUAUCACUGUUGGUUGACGACGUCAUGUCAUCUCAUGCAUAAAUGGAUGUAUGGCUUGUGAUAAGCUGAUCACUAGGAUUGAUAUAUUGUUAGUGUGGGGAAAUGAAUUGUGUAUCAAGAUGAUGUUUAUUUUUUCUUUUUCAACGCUUCUGUUCCCAAUAUAAUUAGAAGGCAAACCUUUUUGAAAUCUACUAAACAUGAUCCUUGUUUUGACAUUUUUUUGUUACGAUUGGCCUUCCUCUUCAAAUGGUUCACUAGUUACCUGGGGAAGUUUUUUUCCUUUUUUUUUUCCAUUUGAAAAGACAAAGGCAUCAUAGAAAAAUUGUAAAAUAGUGGUGUUGUUUAACAGGUUUUACUUUCUUUUCUUGAUAUGAGGAAAUGGACUAGAAAAAUUCAAGUAUUUGCUUCUUUUUUGAACUAGCAACAUAGAACUGUUUUUUGUGGCUAAUCAAUACUCAAGAUUGAUGUCUUUGCCCAAUGACAGGGCAGCUUUUUAUUGUCAGAUGCUGUGCACUAAUUUAUUCUUUUUGCCAUAUGAAGAGUUCUUUCCUCGCAGGUACAGCAGCCUAUAAUCCUUUUGCUUUAUUACCAGCUAAUUCAUUUUUCUUUAGAAGAAGAAGAAGAUGAGAUGAUGAUCCUAGUUAUUGCUCUCCUUUCAGCAUUUGAAAUUCUAUCCUUUGUUUAAUCUGUUCCAAAGACACUUAUUUUUCUGUUGUUCACCAACCCACUUGAUAUAUUACUGCUCUGUGAACUCGAGCAACCAAUUAAUUUGUUGCUCUUUUAUCUUUAGGUUUAAUUCUGGCCGGGAAGAU